AUGCCUCCUGGGCGGCCCCGUCUCGACCUGGAGCCCUUCAAGGAUGAAAUCAUUGAGGCGUUUAACCGGCGCGAGACGGUCGAGAGCAUGUUAAAGGGCCUCGCCGCAAAGGGAUACGAAAUCAACGGCAAGACGUUCCAACGCCGGCUCCGAGAAUGGGGGCUAUAUCGGUAUUCCAAGACGCCCAACAAGAAGAAUGGGCGGAAUAGCACAGCAGCAACAUCAGCUGCAGCUGGUCAAUCAAGCUUCAGCGCACGAGCGAGCACAUCGGCAGCGGAAGAGAGCACAGCGCAGAGCGCAACGCAAGCCCGGGCACCGAGCGUGACGACACCCGUCACCAUACCCCCCUUCUUGCAGCCUAUCACGCAACAUGGAGAUAUUCCCGGCUCCGAAGACGAAGACGACGACGACGACGGCGGCGACUCAUCAGCAAGUAUCCUGUCAGCCGAUUCGUCACCAAAGGCGCCGCGAAACAACUCUUCAAUCUUCAACACAUAUCUUGAAAGAUUAAAACCGCUCUCGCGGAGUUCAGCGCCACGGCCACACCUACACAUGUCUCAAAGAGUCUGGACCCGCCAACACCCCGCAGGCUUCGGCCUGGAGAUGUCCCUCGCCGCCAUCCGCGACCCUGCCGCCGCUCCGAUCCCCAUCCCAUCGCCGCCCCGCGACGUCGAGGUUAUUCAGCAAGAAUGUGACUCCUUCACAUUUCAGUCCUUUACAUACGAGGAUGCGUUUGAGCUAGGCCACCUCCUGCACGCCCGCCUCCUCCCCUUUGCCCUCGUCAACAAGAAGCCCACAGUCAUCUCAAUCGCGCUGGCAAACAGCCAACAGGUCCUCUUCCAGACGGCCGUCGGAUCCGGCUCGCUCCCCGAUAACGAGACGUGGGUGCAGCGCAAACGCAACGCCGUGCUCCGAUGGGGCUGUAGCACCUGGCUCCUCCACAACAAGCUAGGCGGCGAUGAGCAGCUCUUUGCGUCAAAGUUUGGCAUGAGCACGGAGCAGGCUGGAAAGUAUGCCAUUCACGGCGGCGGUGUGCCUAUUCGUGUGCAGGGCGUCGAGGGCGUACUUGCUGUUGUCGUUGUCAGUGGUUUGAAGCAGGAUGAGGAUCACGGUGUGAUUGUUGAUGUUAUCAAGGCUCAUUACCAAUGA